UUAAUUUGCAUAUGCGAUCAAAGUGUCACUAAUUUGAUUAUUUUAACUGGCAAAAUAACUGUUUUCUCGAUGUUGAGCGAUAUAACUAAUGAGAUUAUUGAUAAUGAUAUUUCUAAUGAAGAUAAUGAGAUAAACGACUUGAUAUCAGAUCUAACAAAAGAACUACAGCAUACAUUCAAACGAUUAUUAUGUGGAGUACGACACCAGACACUUAUUAUUACUACAUGUGAUUUCUAUCCAAAUAUAAUGUUAAUGUUCGAGAAAUAUGAAAUGCUUAUAAAGGAUAUAUUAGAUUGUAUGGCUGAUGAAUAUGAAAUAAUUGCUUCCAAAAAUAAUGAUAAUUUUGAGAAGUCUUCUAAUAGUGACAUUGAUGAUUCUGAGAUGACUUCGCAUCUUACUAAAUCCGAAAAAGAAAUGAAAGAAAUGCUGAUAACGAAAUUGUAUAAAAAAUCAGAGGAAAAUAUUAUGAUAUCAGUGGACCAAGCAAUAAGAAUACUAAAAGAUAUAUGUAACAAGAAAUACUUUAAAAUAAAUAUACAAACUGUGAACACAAUUGACGCUUACAACAAAAUAUUAAUCAUGGAUAUAUUUAGUACAAUAGACUUUCCGUCUUGUAGAACUUCCGCUAAACAUGGAUACGCAAUGUUAGCCAGUAACGAGACCAGCGGAAAGGAUGUAAGAAAAGUGUUAAAAGCACAUCCCAAGUUCGUAGAAAUUUCUAUUGAACCUGGCACUUGCGUGCGAGUAAGAAGUGGAGAUCCCAUACCAAAAGGAGCAAAUACGGUUGUAACACCAAAGAAUAUUAAGAUAUUGGACGAAUGUAACGAUAAUAAUGACGAUUAUGAUUAUUUUAAUAUCGAUGAUAAGGAAUACGAAAUUGAAGUCUUGGUCGCUCCAAAAAUAAACGAGAAUAUUAGAAACGCUGGCUAUUUGAUAAAGCAUAAUGAGUACAUUAUAAAAAGAUUCAAACGUAUCGGAUCAUCGGAACUGGGCAUUUUGACAUUAUGUGGUAUCGAUUCAAUUCUAGUCAUCAAAGUUUUAUCUAUAGGUGUACUUUCUAUUAGCAGGUUUGAAGAAAACAUUUUAGGACGCAUCUACGAAAGCAACAGAAUAAUUUUAACCUCUUUAUUAAAAGAGAAUGGUUACAAUCUUACGGAUUUUGGAAUUUCCGCGUGUCAAUUGGAUGCCAUAAAAAAAAAAAUUGAAGAUGCUUUGAAUGAAGUCGACAUACUCGUGAUAAUGGGCCCUGUGAAUGACAAAGAUAUAUUAAAGGCAAUCUUAAAAGAAUGUUUUGGUGCUAAUAUACAUUUCGGUUGUUUGGACAUGAAACCAGGAAAAUCGACGACGUUUGCAUCGUGUAUGUAUAAUUGUAAGAGGAAGUUUUUCCUGUGCAUGUCAGCAAACCCAGCAACAGUUCCUAUUGUUGCGCACGUAGUGCUUCUGCCAUUUCUAAACAUGAUACAUCGCAAUUGUUCCACACCCAUCGUUAUGCAGAUUUGCAUAAAAAAUCACGAGCUACAUUUACGUCCGAAAUUUUCAUGGACAACCGCCCAAUGGACGAAGGACGAGACAUUUCCAAGGGCUUGUUGUUCAAAAAAUCAACAUCAGAACAUAAUGAAAUAUCAAAAGGCUAAUGCACUCCUAAAUCUACCAAAGUACACGUCGGAGGUGCCAAAAUUAGAUGCAGCAUUUGUACCAACAAUGUUUGUCGACUAAAAAUUUCUGAAAUACCUCCAAGAUAUUCCUACUCGAACAGCAAGACAAACAUUCGCAUUCAUGCGUUAUGUAAUCAUAUUUUUUAAUCACAAUAAUUUAUAGUAUAAUUUAAUC